GAAGGUUGAGGUAGUGGUGUAUUGUGGGAGAGACAGAAACCCCAGACUAGAGGCACACAAUAUGUGUUGGCUCGCAAAAAGGAGGCAGUAUCUUUAAAAUCAUGUAAUGUGAUCGGUGAAAGGUUCAAGAUCUAGCCGUUUUAUAUACAACUACUCGAUCGGGCACAAAAUGUCCAGACCUGGAGAAAGAAAUAAGCUAAAUGAAGAUCACGGUAGAAGACAGAGUUCAAGUUUGGCGAACGGAAUGGAGAACAGCCAUCCUAUCUGCAGUUCGGGAGAGAAACGAAGUCAUUGGAGAAGUUACAAGUUGAUUAUUGACCCAGCGUUAAAAAAGGGAUCGCACAAACUGUAUCGCUACGAUGGACAGAACUUCAGCGUGCCGAACCCCGGAAUGCCACCCGUGGACAUCGUCCGAGACCCGAGAAUCAGUCGUCUGUGGACUAAGUACAAGGAGACUGAUCUCCCGGUUCCUAAAUUUAAGAUCGAUGAGUGUUACAUCGGUCGCGUGCCCCCGAAGGAGGUCACGUUCGCCAAGCUCAACGACAACGUCAGAGAGGGAUUCCUCACCGACAUGUGCAAGAAGUUCGGCGAUAUUGAGGAGGUGGAAAUUCUGUACAAUCCGAAGAACAAAAAACAUCUCGGAAUUGCUAAAGUUGUAUUCGGAACCGUCAAGGCGGCGAAGGAUGCUGUCCAGAACUUGAACAACACGUCUGUCAUGGGCAACAUCAUCCACGUGGAGUUGGACCCUAAAGGUAAGGAUGAAAUAUGUAUGUUUGCUAUUUUAUUUAUUUAUUUAUUUUUUUUAACACAGGGCCAUCAGUCAUCAGGUGAAGACAUGGAGAUUUCCGAUGAUGAGAUGCCUGGCACACCGAUUGCUAGUGGGGAUUGUGAAAGCAUUGUGGUCAACUCUGCAAUGUCUCCAAUGCAGACCAUUCCCAUGCACCCGCCAGGGUUCCCCCCACUGCCUCCUCCACAGGCUGGCUUCCCCCUGCCGCUGCCUCCUCUUCCAACCGUACCGCACCUGGCUGGCCCACCUGGCGUGGCCCCCCAUCCGAUGCUACACGCGUUGCACCCUUAUCCCCCUGGCAUGAUGCCCAUUAUGCAGAUGGACCUGAUGAGCUCCUUACCACAGUGGGGAAGCGUUCACAUGUCCUUCCAGAUGCAGACUCAGAUGUUAAGUCGCAUGGCGCAGAGCCAGCGGCCGUACCCUUACCCUCACUUCAUCAGUGGGGCUGCUGCAAGCGCCAGCGCUGCUGCCGCCGCUGCUGCCAUGCAGUUUGGGGGCCCGUAUCCACCUUUGUCUAUGGUUGGUGCGCCUGCAAGCACUGUGGGUCAGGGGCAGCCCUGGCACCUACCCAACAUGCCCAAGUUCAACCCUGCUGUUCCCCCUCCAGGCUAUGAGCCCCAAAAGGAAGACCCACACAAAGCCACUGUGGAUGCAGUGCUUACGCUUAUUGUCAAGGAGCUGAAGUCCAUUAUGAAAAGAGAUCUCAACCGCAAGAUGGUGGAGGUGGUGGCCUUCAGGGCAUUUGAUGAGUGGUGGGACAAACAGGAGCGUUCGGCUAAGGCUACACUUACACCUGUGAAGACCGGUGAGGGCAAAGAUGAUGAAAAAGAACGGGCCAAACCCAAAGAGACCAUAUCCUCUAGCUUACUGGAAAACUGGAACAAGGUUGAAGGUCUGGGAUUCGAGGGAAUAGGUCUCAGCAUAGGCCUGCGCGGUGCCAUCCGGUUGCCAUCCUUCAAGGUUAAGAGGAAACAGCCCCCUGAGCCAACAUCUACCAAUGACAAUAAGAGGGUGCGACCAUCCACACCUGUCGAUGAUGAGCUGGAAGAUGAAGAAUCAGAAAGAACAGAUCUUCGCACAGACGGAUCCAGAACGGAUGGCGGUGGUUCUUCUGCCAAGCGAAGGCCAGCCAGACCUCUGGAGCUGGACAGCGAAGGCGAGGAGGAGGAGGAAACCUCUGGCAAAGAGGAGUCAUCACCUUCAGAUCAUGAAGAGGAGGCAGUAGAAGAUGCCUCUGAGAGGUUGUCCUCUGGCACGGUUAUGGAGGACGAGGAAGAUGAUGAAAAGAAGAGCAAAUCAGACUCCAGCGAGAGUGAAUCAUCUGACUCAUCAGAUGAUGAAUCUUCUAGCUUAUCAUCCUCCUCCAAAUCUGAUUCUGAUUCCUCUGGGAGCGAGAGCUCGUCCGACUACGAAUCGAGUUCAGGGGAGGAAGAGGAGGAAGAAGAAGAACAGGUAGAGGGUAUGGAGAAUGAAGAUGAAGCCGAUGCACAAACCUCAUCGUCGUCCUCAUCUUCCACAUCCUCAUCUUCUGAAGAGGAGGAUGUUGAUGUAAAAGCUCCCAGUACCCCCACAGGACCACCACCAGAAGAGGAACCAAAUGAGUUGGGCAGGCUGGAAGCGUUAGAUGAGGCAGAGAUCGAUCACAAACAUACUGCGGUGAGCUCAAUCAAGCCUGGAGUUGAAGACGUGUGGCCCCCAUCACCCAAAAGAUUGCCAGCUGAUGAACCCGACAUUGAUUUGGCCGUCAGUAUUCCAGUGUCCAAAGCUAAAGCUACCCUGGAGGAUGUCGGUAGCUUGCGGCCACCCACUCCAACAGGUUUGUUUGCAGACAGUGAUCAGGACACCCAACCAAAGAUCCCUGCAGAAGACUUUCGCCGAACCCCUGGUCGUGAUGGCCCAGUUUCCUUAGAAUCAGAAGCUGCAAUCCCUCGUUCUCUUCCUACGCCCUCAAUGCACCUUCCAUUUCCCCCCAAUCAUGCCCUCGAAGCUCGAUCCCUUCUGCCGCCUCCUGAAGCUUUGCCGGAUAUGCCUGUCCGUGGGCGGUUGCCUACGGAAGAGGACAUCCCACGCACACCAGGGAGAGAUCUUAUGGACAGACCCCGGGGUUUGGGCAAGUCUCAGAGCACUGAUGCAUUUCCUGUCACACCAGGAAGCGACACACCGCUAACAGGUAACAGCUUGAGCUCGCCGCAUAUUCCCGGCAGCCCUUUCUCUUAUCCUGCUCAAUCCCCUGUCCUCAGCGCUGGUAUCCCUCGGACUCCGGGUAGAGAUCUUACUUUCACCCCAGCUUUCCCUGACUCUGCUGCUUUAUCUGCAGGCCUUCCCAUUCACAGGAAGGCCUCGUCGGAGAGCUUGGAGGAGAAGUCUCUCUUUAAAGAGCCUCUACUCAGCGCCUCUCCUCAUGCCAGCCUACCUAACAAUGCCAUUUCUUCCCCAUUCCCUGGUCCUCCCCUUCCUGCUGCUUCACUUCAGGAGCCACCUCUGCCUCCCCAAGGCUCCUCUCCCACUUCUGUAGAGACUUCCUCUUCUGCUGCUCCAAAAGACCUACCUGUUCCAAUGAUAGAUGUUCCUGUGCCCUUAGAUGCUACUCCAAGUAAAAGGAAACCGGGGCGCCCCAAGUCUAAAAAGGUACCUGUGGCCACCCCUCCAGAUUCUGAAGAGCCUCCAGCUCCAAUGGUGGACUCUUUACCUCCAGAUCUACCGGUAAACGACCUGUACCCAGACCACCCUUCAGAGACCUUCAAAGGAGAAGAUGGUGACUCCACAGUCUUGGAGGAAGAGGAAAACCAAUCCCAGACAGUCAUACCUGAGGUGGAAGACAAGUUGCUUUACGUCGAGGAACCUAUUCAGAAGACGCGCCGACAGAGACGGGGCUGGCAAGAGUUGUUGUUAUCCAUGCACUCCCCUGUGAUAUCACCGCCCCGCCCCAGCUUCCUACCCCGCUCAGAAUUUGAGGAGAUGACCAUCUUAUAUGACAUCUGGAAUGACGGCAUUGAUGAGGAGGACAUCUGCUACCUUAAGAUAACUUAUGACAAAAUGCUGCAGCAGGACAAUGGCAACGACUGGCUCAAUGACACCCUCUGGGUCCACCAUCCUCCUACCAACAUGGGCAGCACAUCAGGGCUGAAGAAGAAGCGGAAAGAGGAUGGUAUACGCGACCAUGUCACCGGCUGCGCCCGCAGCGAGGGCUACUACAAAAUCGACAAGAAAGACAAAAUGAAGUACUUGAACAGCUCACGCCUGCAGUCCGAAGAGCCUGAUGUGGACACUCAGGGGAAGAGUAUUCCAGCACAGCCCCAAGCGUCCACUAGGGCAGGUUCAGAGCGGCGGUCUGAACAGCGCCGCCUGCUGUCAUCCUUCAGCUGCGACAGUGACCUCCUCAAGUUCAACCAGCUCAAGUUCCGUAAAAAGAAAAUCCGGUUCUGUAAAAGUCACAUUCAUGACUGGGGAUUGUUCGCCAUGGAACCUAUUGCUGCCGAUGAGAUGGUUAUCGAAUACGUUGGCCAGAAUAUCCGACAGGUUAUCGCAGACAUGCGAGAGAAGCGCUAUGAGGAAAAGGGCAUCGGCAGUAGCUACAUGUUCCGUGUGGAUCACGAUACCAUUAUAGAUGCAACCAAAUGUGGCAACUUCGCCCGCUUCAUCAAUCACAGUUGUAAUCCAAACUGUUACGCCAAGGUCAUCACUGUGGAGUCACAGAAAAAGAUCGUCAUCUACUCCCGGCAGCCAAUAAAUGUUAACGAGGAGAUCACCUACGACUACAAGUUCCCCAUCGAGGACGAGAAGAUACCGUGCCUCUGUGGUGCAGAAAACUGCAGGGGAACCUUAAACUAACCCCCAACGUAUAGGUGAGAACUAUUUUAAAAACAUGCACUGCCCAUCAACAAGCCCAGACGCCCCAUCUUCUGGAGCUACAGAGGAAAUAGUGGGUGAAAUCCAACACAUCCACUGGAUAUAUCGUGCAGCUAAGUGUCUGGGACUUCGUUUUUGUACUUUUUCAUGAUUGUUUACGAAUUACAGGUGCUCUUUCAAGCAUAAAAAUGAGUUUUCUACCACUCUUCCAUUGACCUCUUUGGAAAUGGACUUAUUUUCCCCCCAAAAUAUUUGGGCACUCACUUUGUUGUCUGCCCAUUUGGCACAGUUUGUCUUUGCCGUGGAGCUCCUGCUCCUCGUCAGUCCCCUUCUGUUCUGCAGUUUGGUUAUGGAGAGACCUCCCCGUCCCUGAACUUGGACCCCAAACACUUUAAGCUGCUCACGUCUGUCCCACAGACACAAAAUUCAGUUUUAAUUCAGUUUUGUUCUCCCAGCCCAACUUGCAAGUUUAGUUUAUUUUUGGACUUCACUGUAACAUGCCCACAAGGUUUAGCAUUUAUUGUGACACUAACCAUUGUUGGGGGAAUUGGGUCAAUUGUCUUCAGUUUGCAGAACAUUCAACAAAAGCACAACCUGCGCCGGCCACAAAACAAAUCAGUAGAAAAGGUCCACAGCUCAGGCAAAUUUACACAAAGCGAAACGCUCCUACGAUAUUUCAGCCAGCGCUGCAUGUGGCACCUACUGACUGGACCUUUCUUAAAGGAUAAAAGCAAAUUAAACAAUACACUACACUUUCUUUCAUUUAUUCAAGCCAUUUUUACAACCAUUUCUGCGAUCUUUGGAUUUGAGCGUGUCUGCUGCCCUCUAGCUUUUGUAAGGUGCAAAGACCGAAAGCUGCUUGUCUUCAAUCAGAUUCCACUUUAAAGUUGUACAGCUUAGUAUUAACUCUGCGUUUGUCAUGUCAGCUCACUAUUUCAGCAGAUAAACAUGCAGAGGUCCAAUUGGGUUCAUGCAUAUUCAGUCACUAAUGCUGAAUUUUCUAUUAUGGAGCGAAUCUCACCAAUAUGAUGCUGCUAUUCUGCAAACGUAUGUUCCUAAUUUUCUCCACCAGUUCACUUUAAGAUGGCGAAAUCCACCUGCACUGGUUUCAGCAUGGGUUUUCAUAGUAUUUGGAGUUCUCUGUGAGUGCGGUAACUGGCGCACAGCACUGAUGCUUUUCAAAAAGGUUGCCCAGGCACCAAUUCAACUAAUAAAUCUAGUCUAAGUAGAUGCACCGAUGUUUAGGAUAUCAGACCCUGGAGUAUUAGGUCCGUCGAUCUGAAACCAUCAGCAGUGGACCCAGAAAAUCAAGUAUAAGUUGAAUAGAGUGCCAAAUAUGUACUUUAAUGUGUCACGGCUCUAAAGGCAAACCCUCUUCCAUUUGUCUCCUCCUAUGUGUGUGUGUACGAAUGACUUAAGUUCACUGGUACUUCGGGCGACCCAUUUGAGGUCCUGCAUUUUGCUCAGUAUUUAACCAUCAAAAAGUUUGAAAAGCUAUUACACAUCCUCAUUCAGCCAAAUGUCCCUUUGAAAGCAGAAGACUUUCAGAUCUGCAAGGCAGCAUGGUCACUGUGCUUGUCUUUGUGAUUUGGUUAUGUUUAUAAAUGCACUAGAGGCUUCCAACCUCCUAUCAGGCCAAAUGGCACUCACAAGACCAAGCUAUGAAACGUGUCCUUUUGCAUUAGUUCACUCACAGGGUAAGGUCUCCCCUCUUUUUGAGAUUUUUCUUUUUAAAUAUGUUUAUAUUGUACAGGAUAAUAAUGGUUUGUAUAAAGGAAUGAGACUUUUUUUAUCAUGAUGGGGAGUGAUGAUGCAUCGUUCUGCUUUUAUGAGCGACAAACGGAGUAUUUAAAAUGAAUAUUUUUCAGGGAUCAUUAUAUGAAAAAGGGGUUGAAUAGCUAAUUUAAAGAAAAUGAUGCAUCUUGUACAUAAAACAGAUUUGUACUUCCUUUUGAAAGAUUGUUUCUUGUAGAAACGUCUUUUUUCUGCCCAUUUUCCCUUGGAUUCUUAUGUGUAAAUACUCUAACUGUGAAUAUAUAAAUAUAAAUAUAUAUAUAUAUUUUUGUUCCUGAGGAUUUGCUACAGCGUCACAGCUCAGAAAGGUCUAUCUGACAGUGAGUACAGAGAGCUGGUGGCAGUAUUUUCAGCUUGUGUCAAGCUUUAUUUUUUAUUUUUGGUUGUAAAUUCUAUGAAAAUCUGUUUGCAGUGUGGGGGGAAAGCAUUAUCAUUCAGAAAUGGCAAGGGACAUUGGUAAAAUUGACCUUUAUCCCCUGUCUAUUUAUUAUACCACAAUUGUAUGGAAAAAAGA